CAAUUCGGUAACACUGUAUUCCCCGCAUUAUCCGUCGUGUCUAUACCUUGUUUACACGUUCGUCUGUAUCAGUGUUAAAUUCAUACAAUCAAAUCACUUCUAGAUAGUAGAGUUCAAGGUUCGUUAAUCGUUACCUCCUCAUUGAACAUUAGUUAUAGAGUGCAAAGCUAAGGUUAUAUUUUAUGUCAUUUGAGUAUCAUUAACAUAAGUGUCGUGCGGCUGUCUUGCUUCUGGGAUAAAAUGAGUAAUUUGGAAGCUGCUUUCAAUGACACCUUUGAGAAUAUUCCUGUUUUGCCAAUUAUAGCUGGUGUGGCAGCUGGAGUAGUAGUCAUAACAGUUAUUGCACACUGCGUAUGGGGAAAAAAGGCACGUGGAUCACCUACAAAGAAAAAUCCCAUUACUUUAGUUGACCAUAACAUCAAAUACCCCUUGCCAUUAAUAGAGCGGCAAGAGUUGAGUCAUGAUACAAGAAGGUUUCGAUUUGGAUUGCCCAGCCCAGAUCAUGUUCUAGGUUUACCAAUUGGCCAACAUAUACACCUUUCUGCUAAAAUCAAUGAUGAUCUUGUUAUAAGAGCUUAUACUCCUGUCUCCAGUGAUAAAGAGAAGGGCUAUGUUGAUCUGGUUAUUAAGGUUUACUUCAAAAAUGUCCAUCCAAAAUUCCCAGAUGGAGGAAAAAUGUCACAGUAUUUGGAAAGUUUGAAAAUUGGUGACACCAUUGAUGUGAGAGGUCCAUCUGGAAAACUGGUAUACAUGAACAAUGGCACUUUCCACAUUAAAAAGCAAUUAAAAGCUCCACCAACUCCAGUAAAAGUAAAGAAAAUCAACAUGAUUGCUGGUGGUACGGGCAUUGCACCAAUGUUGCAACUCAUCAGACAUAUUUGUCAAGACCCGGAAGAUAAUACGCAAAUAAAGCUACUGUUCGCCAACCAGACUGAAGAUGAUAUUUUGCUAAGAAAUGAAUUGGAGCAGUAUCAACGGGAACAUCCCGAACAAUUCAGCUUGUGGUACACAGUUGACAGACCAAAAGAGGGUUGGACAUACAGCUCUGGUUUCAUAAACGACGAAAUGGUCCGUGAACACUUGUUCCCGCCCAGCAAUGACGUCAUCGUCCUAAUGUGUGGGCCACCGCCCAUGAUCAACUUUGCUUGCAAUCCAGCUCUAGAUAAAUUGAAUUUCUCUACGGAUAUGCGCUUUGCCUACUAAGCGUAACCGCGGAUUAGAAUAAAGACCAACUACCUCUAUUGGUUUAAAAUUGGAUGUUUGUUUUUAUUUAAUUACUGCUUAUUGUUGUAUAAAUUUUUUAUUGUUGGAAAUUUUAUAUUUUGUUCACUUAAAUAACAGCAGGACUUCAGAAAUAGCUUUUUCAACCGAUGUCAAAAAAGCAUAAUAAUUAUUUAACUCUAUCUGGAUGAACUAAUUUUGAUGAUUAACUUUUUAUUGAAAAGCUGGUGCCUCUCGUGUGGUCUCAUAUAAUUUUAUUCUAGUACUAGCAAUUUGGAGGUGGUUGAAUUGUUUGGUAACAAUAUAUUUUGGAUCAAUGUUUUACAACUUUUGAUGCGUGACUACUGUGUUAUGGAUCUUGAUGGUUGAUAAAUGAUUGAAUCUUACAAGGUAGAUGUUAAAGUUGUAUAAUGUAUAAUGUU